CAUUGAAAAACUCUCAUCAUUGGCAUCCUUGUCUUUGCAAUUUUAGUUAAAAUUCUAAUUUGUGAUUUGAAUAAGAUUUGUGUUUACAAGUUAGAAAUCCACUUACUUGAAAAUGGAGAUAGAAAUUCUCAACGUGGCCGGCUCCAAACCCUUAGGGAAGAUUCAAGUUAAUGAAGACAAUAGCAUCAAGGACGUUAAAGAAAAGGUUCACCAGAAACUAAAUAAGUCCCUGUACCCCGACCGGCAAGCGAUUAAGUUGGAAGCUAAAGGAAAAACGCUGAAAGAUGAAGACAUUCUAAAGUCUUUGAACCUUCAAACAGGCGCUAAGUUAUAUUUGAAAGAUUUAGGUCCCCAAAUAUCUUGGAAAAAUGUGUUUUUGGCGGAAUACGCUGGGCCUCUAUUUGUUUACUUGUGGGCAUACCAGCGGCCAUGGCUUCUAUACGGUGCACAGUCUACUACUCCUGGAACCGUCGCCACGGUAGCAGCAUUGUGUUGGUCAGCCCAUUAUGCCAAAAGACUUCUGGAAACAAUGUUUGUGCAUCGAUUCUCCCAUGGCACAAUGCCUUUGCGCAAUUUGUUCAGGAACUGUGCAUACUACUGGUUAUUCACCUUAUAUGUGGCAUACCAUAUUAACCAUCCGUUGUACACUCCUCCUUGUGAAUUCAGCUUCUAUUUGGGACUAGUAGGGUUCACUCUGUGCGAGUUGGGCAACUUGAGCAUCCACAUUCUCCUGAAAAAUCUUCGUCCACCUGGCACUAAAGUGAGACGUAUUCCUAUGCCCGAUGGAAACCCUUUCAGUCUUCUCUUCAACUACGUAUCUUGUCCGAACUAUACUUACGAGUUUGGUUCAUGGCUGUUCUUUACCAUUAUGACUAAAUGUGCUCCAGCGGGCCUCUUCGCCGCGGCAGGUUUCUACCAAAUGGCUGUAUGGGCUAUAGGCAAGCACCGCAACUACAAGAAGGAAUUCCCAGAGUACCCCAGGGGACGCAAGGCAAUUCUUCCUUUCAUUCUUUAAUAUACUCAUAUUUAUUUGCAAAUAUUUUUGUUACACUAAGCUCAACUUAAUCUAGAAAAUAGAUCGGGAAUUUCGUCACAAACCUGCCAGCUGAGAGAUUCCUUAUGUGAAGCGACGCAAAUUAUGCAAAGCCGCUCUACAAAUUUCUUAUGUUACAUGAUACUUAUCCAAUUUAUUUAAAUCUCGGUAUUUUAAAUGUAAUCCUUCAGUUAAGUUUUCUUUAUAUUUAUUAUUUCAAAUAAACUUUGUGAUUGGGUUUGCGGGAAUAGGUGAUGGUUUUGUUUAUAGCAUGA